AUGGGGGUGAAGCGGUGUCUUCAGAACGGAGGAACCCUGCUCAGCCUCUUCGGCAACAUCCUCAUGGUGAUCUCCCUUUCCACCAACUACUGGACCCGCUACCCCGGAGGCCACAGCGGCCUGUGGCUGGAGUGUAAAAACGGAGACUGCAAUGCCAUCCCCUGCCAGACCAUGCUGGCCAUGACGGGGGCGUGCAUGGUGCUGGCGGCAGGCUCUGGCGUCGUGAGCAUGGUGAUGGGGCUGCACAUUUUGUUCCAGGAGAGGGAGUCUCCGCGGGGCCGGAUGACCAGUGCCAUCUUCUUCCUCAGUGGGCUGCUGCUACUGAUUGCAAUGAUCGGCUACUCGGUGAAGGAUGCAUGGAAGUCCGACGUCUUCUUCUCCUGGUCCUAUUUCUUGGGGUGGCUGGCUUUACCCUUUUCUAUUCUCGCGGGCUUCUGCUUUCUGCUGUCUGACAUGAUUAUGCAAAGCACCGAAGCCAUCAGUGGAUUCCCUGUGUGCCUGUGA